UCACAAAUUGCACAAGUGUCGCAAGGGAAGAGUGAACAACGAUUGCAGCACAAUGGCUGACGACGAGAUUCUAUUCGACGAUGUGUACGAACUCUGCGAAGCAAUCGGAAGAGGCCCAUUCUCCAUCGUACGUCGAUGUAUCCAUCGGGAGUCGAAUCAGCAGUUCGCGGUUAAGAUUGUGGACGUUGCCAAGUUCACGGCCAGCCCGGGUCUCAGCACAUCCGAUUUAAAGCGAGAGGCCACAAUAUGUCAUAUGCUGAAACAUCCGCACAUCGUCGAGCUGCUGGAAACGUACAGCUCCGAAGGAAUGCUCUACAUGGUGUUUGAGUACAUGGAAGGAUCAGACAUUUGCUUCGAAGUGGUGCGCCGAGCCGUGGCAGGAUUUGUGUACAGUGAGGCAGUAGCGUGUCAUUAUUUGCGGCAAAUUUUGGAGGCGUUACGCUACUGUCACGAGAACGACAUCAUACAUCGGGAUGUUAGGCCCGCCUGUGCCCUGUUGGCAACCGCAGACAACUCCGCACCCGUCAAGCUCGGUGGUUUCGGUUCGGCCGUUCAGCUUCCAAAUGGGCGCGAUUCGGUGGAGACGCAUGAGAAGAGAGUCGACCCCCAUCGUUCGUUUUUGAGCCCGCGCGGAAAGCUCUACCUGAAAACAGAUAGCGAGGGACGGGUCGGAUGCCCUCACUAUAUGGCACCGGAGGUGGUGGCCCGGCGUGUGUACGGCAAACCGUGUGACGUGUGGGGUGCUGGCGUGAUGCUACAUGUACUGUUAUCCGGUCGUUUACCUUUUCACGGCUCGGGCAAACGGCUGCAGGAUGCCAUCUCACGGGGACGUGUCACGCUGGAUACAUCGGAAUGGAAGCAUAUAUCGAGCAAUGCGAAAGAUCUGGUACUGAAGAUGCUUGCACCGAAUCCCAUCAGCCGGCCGACAAUAACGGAAAUACUGGAUCAUCCAUGGAUACGGGAUCGUGACAAACUGCAACGCAUUCACCUGGGCGACACGGUCGAGGAGCUGAAGCGCUACAAUGCGCGCCGCAAGCUGAAAGCCGCCGUCCAAACGGUCGCUGGCGGCGUUGCAAUGGAUCCCCUGUGCUGUGCGGAUACCGACUCAAUGGCCAUUGGUACUGCAUCGGAAAGCCUCAACGAGUGGGCCGACGAGGAGGCCGGUCUGGAGGCGAUCCAAAAAAUUCUUGACUCAUUAGACGAUAUCAUUGCUUUGCAAGAUGCAAACUGCGAUCCGGAUGUGCUGGCCGGUAUGCUGCGCGACGUGAAGCUGCACGAGCUGCUGCAGUUGUUUGAUAGAAUCAGUAGUUCGGUUAUCAAUCCAUCGCGGGCCCCACCGGGAGACGCCAUCAGCCGCUGCCGGGAUGCGAUCGAUGCCAUCUCAUCCACCGCGGGACACAAGUAUGUGCGCGAAAAGUCGGAGCUGAUCAACCUGCUAGGAUCACCACACAUUCAGGCUCUAUUACACACGCAUGACGUGGUAGCUAGGGAAGUAUACGGCGAAGAAGCGCUUCGUGUAACGCCACCACCGAUCGCGCCCUACCUGAACGGCGGUAACGAUGAAAUCGACAACGGUGACGCCGGAGAGCUACAGCACGUUACGCGCGUCCGGCUGGUACAGUUCCAGAAGAAUACCGACGAACCGAUGGGUAUUACGCUGAAGAUGACCGAAGAUGGCCGGUGCAUCGUGGCCCGGAUCAUGCACGGUGGCAUGAUCCACCGGCAGGCUACGCUGCACGUCGGUGACGAAAUACGGGAAAUCAACGGCCAGCCAGUGCAGCAUCAAACAGUCAGUCAAUUACAGCGAUUGCUGCGGGACGCGCGCGGUUCUGUUACUUUUAAAAUAGUUCCUUCAUAUAGAAGUGCCCCACCGCCGGUUGAGCUAUUCAGGAUAAGACCAGCACCGGUUUUAGUUGAUCAGAUUUUCGUACGAGCUCAGUUCGACUAUGACCCGCUGGACGACGAGCUGAUACCUUGUGCGCAGGCAGGGAUAGCUUUCCGUGUCGGUGAUAUACUACAGAUUAUUAGCAAAGACGAUCAUCAUUGGUGGCAGGCCAGGCAUGACGCUGCGGGAGGUUCAGCCGGAUUGAUACCCUCACCAGAGCUUCAGGAAUGGCGCAUCGCCUGCCAAUCGGCGGACAAAUCCCACAAAGAACAAGGAGAAGCAGGGCCCGGUUGUUCAGCACAGGCCGAAGGAUGUGAAGGACCCACAGUAGUUAAUUGCUCAAUAUUUAGUCGUAAAAAGAAACAGUGUCGGGAUAAAUAUUUGGCGAAACACAAUGCGGUCUUCGAUCAGCUGGAUCUGGUUACGUACGAGGAGGUGGUCAAAGUACCGAUUGGCGAUCCAGCUUUCCAAAGACGCACCCUAGUGUUGCUCGGAGCGCACGGCGUAGGACGACGUCAUAUCAAAAAUACGCUCAUCGCAAAAUAUCCGGAUAAAUACGCUUAUCCAAUACCACAUACCACCAGACCACCAAGACCGGAUGAGGAGAAUGGGCGAAGCUACUACUUCAUAUCACACGAUGAGAUGAUGGCGGAUAUUUCGGCCAACGAGUACCUCGAGUACGGUACGCACGAGGAUGCGAUGUACGGUACCAAGCUGGAAACGAUACGACGCAUCCAUGCGGACGGCAAGAUGGCAAUAUUGGACGUGGAACCACAGGCCUUAAAAAUACUUCGAACAGCCGAAUUUACGCCGUACGUUGUGUUCAUAGCAGCACCACUGCUGCAAAACAUUGCCGACUACGACGGUAGUCUCGAGCGUCUCGCCAAAGAGUCCGAUAUGCUACGCCAGGCGUACGGUCAUUUCUUCGAUCUGACCAUCGUCAACAACGACAUCGGUGAGACGAUAGCAACACUGGAGAACGCUAUCGACAAGGUGCAUUCGACCGCCCAGUGGGUCCCGGUGUCCUGGCUGUACUGACAAGAUAGUGAGCUAGAAUGUCCCGCUUGUUUGGAGGAUGAGUGCGAUUGUGAAUGCGAUUGCGAGCUGGAUCUGAAGUGAGUGGGCAGAGUACCUCACGGAAGUAUUGCGCAACAACAACAACAACAAAGCUACAAGCACCGUUACAGUAGUACGAAACACACCGAAACACAGAGCCGGGCUAAUGGUUAAUUUUGUGCAUGCACAGGGUAUGGUUCAAAAUAGACGGUUCUUAGUGUUUAGUAUUGAAACAAAUCAAAUUGGCAUGGGUGCAGUGUACCAUCUACGUACGGUGGAUGUGUAAAUUUUAUUUUUGUUUUUACGUUAAACAUCCAUUCACUGCGAAAUAUGUUAUUCCAAAGAUUUUUUGUUGUUGUUUUUCUAACAAUUUUUAUGUAGUAUAUAUAAUAUACAUUAUAGUUAAUUAGAACUUUUUGUUUUUGCUCAAUAUAAGUGUUAUGUUUUAAUGCGUUUACAUCACAUAGCAAUUUGGUACGUGAAAGUGAAAUUUUUCACCACUAGAUAAAUAUUUAAACAGAUUAAAUUGUUUUUUUUCUCCCUUUUGUACUACUAACGCAACCCAUUAUAAAUAUGUUGUGAAACAUGUUUUUUUAGCUGCGAAGUCGGUGUAUUACACAAAAACAAAAGUAAAAUAUAGAAAAAAAAAGAAAACCAAAAAAAAAUAAAACGAAGUGAUAGAAAACGCAAACAUUCACACAAAACACACAACAAACUGCAAAAGGAGUAUAAUUACAAAGAUAAUAAUUAAACAACACAACCAUACACUCACACACACAUACACAUACAUACAUACACACACACAAUAAACUCUUUUUAAAAGAACUAACACAAAAAGAGCAAAGCAAAACACAGCAAAUGAAGGCAAAAGUAAACCAACACAAGUUACAAAAAACUGAAAAGCAAGCAAAACAAAAAAAACUAACAAAAAACAACAAAAUAAAUUCAAACGAUUACUGGAACGUGAACAAACAAGCGGUGGAAAUAUUAGUUAGAUUUAAUCUUAACCAAAAUAAACUGAAAAUGAAAAAAGAAAAACAAAUGUUAACAUAAUUCAUAAUAAUUAUUAUAAUAACGCUAAUAAUAAUGAAACGAAUGAAAUUAAAUCAAGAGUAUUGCAAUUCAAAGAAGUAAACAACAAACCAAACGACAGUAGGAACAAAAAGGUGAAACUAAAAAAAAGGUAAACCAGUAAAAACGGAGCAAAACAAAAAUGCAGAGAGAAGAAGAAAAAUAACACACACACAUAUAGGUGAGAGAACUUAUUACGUUUGAAUUGGGUGUAGAAAAGUAACGUUUAACGAUGUGUUUUCGUGUGUUUUGUUUUCUAGUAAUUUGAAGCAUAUUCGGAGAAACGCGUGGAGUAAAUAAACCCGUUACGGCUAAGCAGCAAAAGGGUGGCUAUAGGCUUAGGAUGGGGCAAGGUUAAACUAAAGGGGGGUUUUGAACAACCGGGGGGUUAAAUGUUAUUUCAAAUCAGCUGAAGAAGGUAGUAGUUGUAGCGACGAGAAGCAACAAAGCAACAAUGUGAGGCCAUACAUACAGAUAUAGAUGGGCGGCCCCAUAGCGAGAAAAAAAAACACAAACACGCGAUGCAGUUACGUCUGUAUCCAGGCAAAAAGCUGUUGGGUACAUUGCCUAAUGGAAAAUGACUAAAACCAGUUCAAAGACAAGCAAAAAAAAACCGAGCAGUGAGAACGGGAGAUAGUUUGUUGAAAUUCAUUCACUUAUAGAUGGAAAAUUGAACAAACAAAUACAAAAGCGAGAAGCAUGUUAGAAGAGGAAUAACAAAAUAAACAAAACGGUUUACACAUCUUAACAACAUCUUUACCAGGUAAAUUUCGAACGAGGUAGACAAUUUGUAUUAAUUUGUAAGAAAUUUUCAUAAUUUUUACAUAAGCUAGUGAAUGUCGUUGAAACUAUUUGUUUUGUUAAUUAUUUCAUUUUUACUCUUAAGCAUUUACAUUUGUGUUACGGUUUGAGUUGAGCUUUACAGUACUGUUUUCGGCAUUUAAAAAUUAAUGCAAUCAAGCUACUUAUCGAAAGUGUUCGUUUAUCAUCGAACUACAAUUUCUACAACACGGACAGCAUCAAAAGAUGUUGAAAAAAUUACACCCAAAAACAAAGCAAACAUACGCACAAAUAAGUAUGAAAUACGAUCGCCUUGGUUGAUUGCAAUGUGCAACGAAAAUCGUUUGGGAAAAUCGCACAAAAGAGAACAAUACCUGGUUCACACAGCCAUAAUCAUUGUAUCAUCUUGCCCUCUUUCCUCAUUUAAUCAUUUUUCGUGGUACACGGUACAUCCAACAAAACACUUUUUGUAAAAGCAUUCUAACGCACACAUCCAAACCCGAUACCAGAUAUACUUUUUAAAAGAAACACAAACCAUCACUGAAAAUUGGCGACAGUGUUUAUGGUAUGAAAUCAGGUUUUAAAAAAAAACUUUCUAUACUACAUUCCAAAACCUCCAUUAAAAUGGAACGAAAACAAAACAAACAAACUAAAAACACAAACAGUCGGAUCGUAAACCUUACAUUGUAGUACAGCUGGCGCAUUGUAAUACAAAGGAUUGAAGCUGUGGCUGCAUGUAACCGAAGAGCUUCUCUUUAUGGGUAUGUGUGUAUGUGUGUGUGUGUGUGUGUGUGUGUGUGUGUGUGUGGAAAACAAUGGAUUUCAAAACAAUCUUGACAACAUAAAAGAAACUGCAAAACAAACAAUUACAAUUGUUGGUUCCCCACCACGGGCGUAGCGCAAAAAAAGGUGGAAAAUUAUCCCAGUUUGUAUUACACCAUUACGAAGUACUUUAUAGCAAAAAACCUAAAGACAUAUAUUUGAACCGAUACUGUACGGAUCAUCUACAUGUUUUAGAGAUGGGGGAAAAAACAAACAAUCAAACAUAUUACUCAUAUGGGGCAAAUACAUACACAAGGCACGCUAAUGCACAUUCGUACAGCAAAGCGCCACACACGAGCGGCACACGGAAGUGUAAUCCAUAUGCAUCCAGGGACAUCGUACACGGUACCCCGCAAAAAAAGCACUCCACAACGUAGGUACAGGAAGGUACUAGGGAAAAAUUUGCACAUAAUGCAAUCGACUAGUAAACAAAAAAAGAAACAAACCUCUAUACUAGAGUUCACUACCACAGAAAGCAAUUAUAAUACAGCAAGCAAAAAAAAGGAACAAAAUAAAAAAAAAACUCACACCCACACAUGUAUCGAACAACAAGUAAGAAAGGUUUAUAUUUAUGAGAAAAGUACACACGCUCACACAACACAUGUUUAAGAAAUCAAAAAACCAAACUAUUGAGCCUAGUUUUCUUUAUCCUGGCGUUUGAUAACAGUAGGAUACGAAGAAAACCAAUAGGACCGAUGCGUAACACUCCCAUUCCGUAGUUAUGGUAAAUGGGAUUAAAGAAAAUAGCAACAGUGUGUUGUCUAUCCUUGACGGCUUACCGUUAGGGUGCUGUCGGAAUUGUGCGGCGCCUGAAAGAUAGGCAACAUAUGUUUCAUUUCGCCUAACAUUGGUCUGGAAGACCAUUCAAAACAGGCUAAUGAAUGUGUAUUGCAUACUUUCAGGCGUUUCAUAAUGAACACGGCCACGAAAUGGUUUGUGACGUCAAGGGCAGAUGUGCCCAGCUAUACCGAGCAAAUUAAUAAAAAUACAAAACUCAAAUCGUACCAAGCAGUGAGAACUAAACACAAACAAUCUUAACUACAGCUAAUUUGGGAGCGUUUGUUUGUUUCGUAUAAAUCCAAUCGUUAAAAGCACCGUGAUCCCUUUUCCUUCCUGUUUGGACGGCAAGCGUAACCUUCCGCGUGAAAUCCGUGUAUACAAUAAAGAGAAGUUUUAAACAAAAUAUAAUAUUGAAAUUGAAAGUGUAACAGCAAAACGUACGGCACUACAGGAAUACACUAAAACACAAAUACAACCUACACACACACACACACAUACACACCAAUUCUUACGAAUGGAAGUAAACGAAUUCUUAACAAUAAAAAGAAAAUGAUAAUUUCUCAAAAUUAAACAAAACAAAACAAAAAGGCAACAUAACUUCACACCCUCUCUAACGUUUGUAAAGGAAGGUGAGACAAAAUGUUGGACGGAGUGCUACGAAUUUGAAUUAACAAAACAAAAUACUAAAACAUUAAAAAAAACAACAAAUUGUUACCGACGGGAUAAACACAAUUUAAAAACAAAAACAGUCAAACGUUCAGCUAACACGUGGUUUGUAACGAAAUUUAAAAGAAAACACACACACAAACUAAAAUUUCAAUAACUAACAUCCGCGUGAUCGUACUAACACGGAGCAGCACACCGCUGCAACACAAAGCCCAACACACCACAACAAAUGGAAGCGCAAUUGUUGACUUAAAGGCAAACAAAAAUGGAUGAGACCUUUAAAAAAGGAAACAAAUUAGUAGAAACGGCAAACGGUCUCAACAGUCUCUCCACUCUUCCCUUCAAACCGUACGGUAAUCACAGGCGCGUAACGCUAUGCUCUAGCAAAACCGAAGUAAAAAUCAACAAAAAAACAAACUUAAAUAAAAUGAACGAAAACAAAAAACCCCGCGCACACACACAUGCAAAACAAUUGGGAAACCAAUGCAAUUGGCGGGUGUGCAGGUAAAAGCAAAAAUCGAGAAGUUAAACAUGUGAAGCUCGGAACUCUCUACUGUAAAAGUAUUAUUUUACUAGUUUAUUUUGUUUUUGGAUGAAAAAAAAAAAUUCUAAUAAAAGUGACGUUAAUAUAAAAAAAUUAUAAACCAAA